AUGGUCAUCAAGCCGCGCAUCCAGCGGCACUAUGCCGGCAAGGCGCGCGGGGGGUCCUCAUCUUCGGAUUCAGACAGCUCCGACGACGAACAGCCGCAGCAACAGCAGCAACAACAGAAGAAAAAGACCCCAGCGCCGCCUCCCAAGGUAUCGUCAGCCGGCAAGAUUAUCAGCUCUAGCAAUGCUCCCAUUCGAAAAAUACCACCGCAGCAGCAGGAGCUGCAAAAGCGCGUGACGACGGAAGAGUUGGAGAGGAAAGCGGCCGAGGAGGGUUUCGUGACAGAGGAGGAGAGCGGCAACGAUGCAGAGCCCAACAAGGGUGGCGACGAUGGCUCGAGUUCGGAAGAGGAGGACGAUGACGAAGAGGAAGAGAGCAGCGAAGAUGAGCGACCGCGACGAAACCUCAUGAUCCGUCCCAAAUUUAUCCCCAAGUCACAACGCAACGGUGGCGCCCAAGCAGCAGCAUCAGCCGAGCAAAAAGAAGAUCCAGAAAAGGCAGAGCAGGAGGCGGCGGCCCGCCGACAGGCCGAGGCGGACGCCAUGAUUGAGGAGCAAAUCCGCAAGGACCAGGCGGCCAAAGCGGCGGGCCGCAUGUUUUGGGAGGACGGGGACGAAGGGGGCAACCAAGGGUCGGACGUGGACACGGAGGACGACGUGGACCCCGAGGCCGAGGCGGCUGCGUGGAAGGUGAGGGAGCUGCGGCGCAUCAAGCGGGACCGCGAGGCCGUCGAGGCGCGUGAGCGCGAAAUGGCCGAGAUCGAGCGCCGCCGCAACUUAACCGAGGAGGAGCGCCGUGCCGAGGACGAGGCUCAUCUCGCCCGCCAGCGCGACGAGAAGGAAGGACGCGGCAAGAUGGCCUUUAUGGGCAAGUAUUUCCACAAGGGCGCCUUCUUCCAAGAUUCGGAGGAGGCCGGGGCCUUGGCGUCCCGUGAUGUCAUGGGCGCUCGUUUUGAGGACGAGGUUGAUCGCUCCCUGCUGCCAAAGGCUCUGCAGAUGCGUGACGCCACCAAGCUCGGUCGCAAGGGCGCCUCGAAAUACCGCGACCUCAAGUCCGAGGAUACAGGCCGCUGGGGCGAGUUCAGAGAUCACCGUCCGGGCCGGGAGAUGAGGGACGGCGACUGGAGAGGCAAUAAGGAUAGGGAAGGCCCCGGCGGCGCCAACGCUAUUCCCCUGGGCGAGAGGAGGGACCGUGGUGCUGCAGACACGGCAAGGGAUCGGAGUAGCUACCGACCACGGGACGACGAUAGAAGGGAUGACGACCGCCGGAGAAGGCGGUCGGAUUCCCGGAGUAGGUCGCCUAGGCGAGACCGCGAUCAGGACGACUAUGGCCACAGGCGGAAGAGGGAUUCAUCGCGGGAGGCCGAUCGCUAUGAAAGUGAUAAGCGAAGAAGGGUGGAUUCAAGGUAG